CAUACUCAUGCAUGCACACACAUAAACAUACACAAGCACAAACAUGUACAUGAAUGCACACGACUGUAAAUGAUGGCUUAUGAAGCACAGAAAUGCUUGCGCUCUCGCAUUCACACACACACACACACACACACAAACACACACACACGCAUGCAUGCACACACACGCAGACACACACACACACAUACACAAGCACAAAUACAUAUAUAACCGUACACCUACAUGGUAAAUGUUAGCUUGUGAAGCACAGAAAUGCAACUCCAGCAUUGCCGAUGGAUAUGGAGCUAUAGGUUCAGUGAAAGACACACUUCUCCCUCCUCUGUGUGAUUUUUUUCAAUGUAAACUAUUUACCAUUUUAUGGAGAGUUCCACAUGAUUACAAUACAUAAAUAGCAACUAUAUAUACAUAACACAUAAUAAAGGGAAUAAUUGCAAGGGUUUACUUGUGUUCCUCCUUGAGUGCUGAUUUGCGGACCUUUGUCACCCUAUAAUUUCCUUCAUUGAGCAGCCAAUCAAAUCUGUCUUUGACAUGUGACCUCCUACGGUUCAGAGAUUCACUGGAAAUGAUUACCUCAAGUCCUCCUUUUAUCUGUACAGUUUGAGUUUUACAGCGCAGAGGACAAGCAGGGUCACAGGCAGAGGAGCGUCUCCAGAAGAGGAGAGUUCAGACACAGUGAUGCCACCACUCUGUGCGAUUCUUGUGCUUUUCAGCAAAGUCUAUGGUCUGCUUGGGAAUAUAGUUCAGCCUGACGCGCUAGUGAGAGCCCAGCUUGGAGACACUGUGACUCUCCCAUGUUUCCAUCCUACCAUCGAUGUGUCCCUUGUCAGCUGGUUAAAACAACCUCUUGGGCUGAAGCCUCAGCUUGUGGCAAUAGUGUCGAAAUAUCAAUCUAAUGCUACAUUUUUCAAUGAGUUUCAAAACAGUAAACGCUUCAGUGCUAAAGCAACAACGGAGAGUGCUCGCCUGACCGUGUCACAAGUAGAGCCGUCGGAUUCAGCCACGUACUACUGCGCUAUUACAGGCUUCAGAGAGAUCAGCUUUGGAAAUGGAACUACUUUAAUGGUGAUGGGUUCGAAGUCAAACAACAGGACAGUAGUACUGCAGCAGCCCGAGUCUGAGUCAGUGCAGCCAGGAGACUCUGUGACUCUGCAGUGUACAGUAUACACUGAGACCUGUGCAGGAGAACACAGUGCGUACUGGUUCAGACAGGACUCAGGAGAGUCCCGUCCAGGAAUCAUUUACACCCAUGGAACCAGGAGUGAUGAGUGCCAGAAGAGCUCUGGGGCUGUGUCUCCCUCACAAAACUGUACCUACAACUUCCCUAAGAAGAACCUCAGCCCCUCUGAUGCUGGGACUUACUACUGUGCUGUGGCCACCUGUGGGGAGAUCCUGUUUGGGAACGGGACCAAGCUAGACUUUAAAGGAAAAGAACAUCUGCCUCUUUAUUGCUUGGCGGGAGCUUUGACGUUGAGUGUGAUCCUGAAUAUUGUCCUCGCUCUGAACAGGAGAAAGAGCUGUGAGAAGUACAAAGGAGCUGCAUCAAACAAUCAAGUGAACGGAGCAGACAUGGUGAACAAACAGAGUCAAGAGGAAUCAAUGAAUUACGCUGCUUUGACUUUCACCAACAAGAAACCCAAAGCGAGGCGGAACAAGAGGGAAGUGGAGAAAGAAACGGUUUACUCAGAUAUGAGAUUUAGAGACCGCGAGUGAAGCUUUCCAUAAAAAUGAAUCACAAAAAUGAUCAAACUGUUCCCUCACUAGAGUUGGUGAACAUAUGCCAUGUGGUUGUAAAUGAUAUCACACUUGUAGGAUUUGCCAAGAGCUGUGCUUAAAUUCAGCUGUUUUUCAAAUACACAAAGUAAAACUUGUACAGAAUACUCCC